AGUGAAACAGAGCUGAAGAACAGAGGAGGAGGUUCGACUCAACACAUGUUCCCACCAUGUGACUGUUACCUGACAAACACACCUGCAGGUAACAGAGGACAAUCACCCCCCUGCUGGUGGAACCUCCUCCUCACCUCCACAGACCACAAACUGUCUCGAUGCUUUAACUCUGUGGAGCCGUGUCCAGAUGUUGCUCUGUUUAACGCCACUGACAACAUUCAUGUUGAUCCAACAACCUGCAGCUGCUGCGCAAACACUUGGGUUCUGCCUCCUGCGCCUUUUGUCGCAUUGGAUUUAAGGGAGAAGCAGAUUCACCGGGACUCGCUGCCUCUCUGCAGCUGAGUGAUCAACAUGGGACCUCGGAGUAAAAUGAUUUUCAGUCAUUUGAAGCGAAUCCUCCGGUGAAUUUGGGAGAAGGGACGCAGACAGAGAAACCAGCCCGGCAAGGAGGUCGAGAAAUCCGGCUGAGAGCUGAGGAGGGAAGGGGUGGAACAUCCAGCAGCUGGUGGAGGAAGACAGCCUUGUGGAGCUCAGAGGGCACAAGAAGGACGCUGCAGGUACCCACCCCUGCUGGAUCAUGGGUAACCACACCGGCAAAGACAACCAUGGUCCUACAGCUUGUUCCCCCCUCUCAGGUUCUCCUCUAGAUUUCUUCCACACGCCUCCUACCACGCCCUCAGAGGCAGAGCUGACAGCCAUGGCCUUAUCCUCGCCAGCCUCCUCCAAUAAAGCACAGACUCCAUCGCCGGCCGCCGGCGACACCCCCUCCUCCGCCGCUUCUCCAAUUGCAGAGUGGACACAGAAACUGUCUGCGUCCUCAGACUGGGCCGUGAUAAGCGUAGACAGCGUCGCCUCCUCAGAGACGAACGUGAGCGAUGCAGCGGCCAGACACGGGACGGCAGCAGUCAGCGCGGGCACCCCGGCGUCCCUGCCCCCGUCCAGAGAAUCCCCCUCAGAGCAGAGCUGGCAGGAGCGAGACAGCGGCCUGGAGCCGCAGGAUGCAGCAGAGAAAGCUGAGGAGGAGAUGACCCUGGUCCUGCUCAGUCUGAUGGAGCAUCAGAGGGCCUCGCUAGGCCUCACCCCCAAAACUGACAUCAUCACAGGAGCAGUAGAGCUGCUCAGGCGCUUGAUAAGAGAGAGAGACGAGCUGGUGGAGGAGGUGGACACACUGAGGGAGACACUGAGGGCGGAGCGGCUGGAGUGGCAUCAGUUCCAGUGUGACCUGCAGGUCGCCGUGUCUGUGGCCGACCGGCUGCGGAUCGAGUCGGAGCAGGCUCUGGGUUUGGUCCAGGGGCGCCACAGGGCAAUGGAGGAGCAGCUGGCCCUUGCCCUCAGCAGGGAGCAGGAGAAGGAGGGAGAGCUGGAGAGUCUGAGAGCCGAGCACAGAGACGUCUGCAGCAAACUGAACAAACUCACGCUGCAGCAGGAGCGAGCCGAGCUGGAUGCUCUGAGAAACGCAUGCAGGGCGAAAGACGAAGCAGAUGGUGGUCAACAGAUAGAGAGACGAGACUCUGAGGAGGGACAGGGAGAGGAAAUACAAGAAGCUGCAGGAGACACUGAAGCUAAGCAGGAGGAGAAUGAAGCAAAUGGAGACAUGGAGGCAAAUGGAUCAGGGGACAUGCGGCUGAAAGGGAAGGGGGUAGCGGAGGGAUACCUGCGUAGUUUAGCUGCAAUGGAGAAGAAGAAAGAAGCGGGACGUGGGCCGAGAGAUCCGAGGAGGAUUGUGAUGCUGUCUGAAAGAUCUUGGAGUUUAUCUCGUCUUCCACUCCCAGUUGACUCCUCCGGUCAAAAUGAGGCUUCAAAUACAAGCACAACUUUGCCACUAUGCAAGAAAGAGCAGCCAACUAAGGGGAGAAGGAUGGAUCGUAUUUUACAGCGACAGGACAGUUGGUCCAGUUUUUAUUCAGGAAAACAGGACGAGGAUCAAAGCUCAGAUUACGUCAAACCUCAGGACGGUUUCAGUGCUCUGCUGCGGCGUCACGGCGGCUCCAGGAGAAACUCCCUGCUCCGCUGGUGCCAGGGUCGUACACAAGGCUACAAGAAUAUUGAUAUCACCAACUUCAGCAGCAGCUGGGAGGAUGGUUUGGCGUUCUGUGCUGUUUAUCACACAUAUUUACCAAAUCACAUCCCGUAUGAGAACCUGAACCCUGAGGACAAGAAGGAAAAUCUGGACCUCGCUUUUAGGACGGGAGAGAACGUGGGAAUCACAGCCACACUGACAGUGGAGGAGAUGCUGAGGGCUAACGGGCCGGACUGGCAGAGGGUCCUGGGCUACGUCGAAAGCAUUUUCCGUCAGUUUGAGAUGUGAGGUCGUCCUCGUUUUUUUUUCUGUUCUUGUGACCAGAGAUGAAGGACUGAAACACUGUUCUCCACAAGAGGGAGCUCUGCCAACCAGGGUUUAUAAUGCAUCAACUAUACAAGACUUUAUCAUGAGAUUUUAUGCAUCAACACACAUUUUUCCUCACAUGGAAACUUCUUGGCCAAGAUGGAAAAAUCCAAACAGUGUUUUGCCCUUGAGUACUUUUAUUUUCCUACAUACUGCACAUUGUGGUGGCACCAGCUUGGUUAAUAUGCACAGGACACAAAACUAUUUUAAUCCCGGACGUACAGCAGAAACUUCACUUGCUCAACAGUUACUUUCACAUUUGGUGCUGGAUCCACUGGUUUUGCACUGUUUGCCUUUUUAAAAAAAAGCACUUUAUGAUUAAUGCUAUUUUUUUUUAUGAUUUCAGAAUCUUGGGCAUUUUUAAGUUUUGAUUAUUUUGACUAAUAAAUACAAAACGUACAUUUUUAAUUGUAAAACUCUUCUGCCAUGACACAGUGUUGUCAUGUUCGCAUGCUCCUAAAACUACAACCUUCAAAGCAGAGGGAGUAGAUUUUAUUUUCUGUAGAAGUGACGUUUAAAAACUAGUGAUUGUCUGAGAGUUGUCUUUGAGCAAAUGUAAAUAUGUAAAUGUGUGUAACCGCUUAUUUAGUAUUUUUUAGAAACAUUAAACAUAUAAACACA